AUGUCGUCAUCCACGUCUCCUCUGCCCUCGAACACGAGCGAAUACGUCCGAGCAACGCGCUCGUCGUGCGCUUCUGCAUCGACGGCUCUCGGACUCACGCCCAACGUGGCCGCUAUCGACGCCUUCCUCACGUCGCUCGACCAGGCCAGAUUCUCGCGGCUGUGUACGCAGCACGGACUUUCGUUCCCGCUGCGCUUUCCGACGCCCACAGCUGAGGUCAACUUCCUCUCGAUCGUCGCGCUGCUCAAUGCUCUGUCUGGCUAUCGAACCGCGUUUCACACUGCUACUGGAUGCGGAGCAUACCAGAAUGUGGUGAGGUUGAUGAUUGGACUGUAUAUCUCAAGUGCGGACGAAGAUCGGGUUGUUGGUGCUGGCACGUUGACCGCCAAGGGGAUGGUUGGAUUGACCGAGGCGAGAAUUGUCGAGCUGCUCGGGGUGAGCGUUCACCAAGAACGACAGCACGAGACUCUGGCUGGUGUAACAGUGGGCGUGAGGGGCGGAGAGAUGUUCGAAGCAGUUCAAUUGAUCCUCAAUGCGAUGCACGGUGUGGGGAGAAAAUUGGAGCAACUCAACUCGCCCAGUUUAGGCGCAUAUAUCGUAUCGCUCCUGACGCAUGCCAAGUCGGAAAACAUGGACGACGUACAAGCUACCGACUACCUCACUUGCAACAUCGCACAGACCUUCCCAGAAUUCCGCGACACGCAUCACAUCAGCGCGCUGAACCAAGACGUCUUCUUGUUCAAGCGCAUCUUUUUCCUCCUCCACUCACUACGAUGCAAGUUUGCAGACAAGCUCGAAUGGUGUGUCCCAGAUACCAAACUCACACUACCCAUGUUUGUCGAUAACGUGCUUCCGACCAUGUGCGUGUGGUUCAACAUGUUCAAUCUUGCGGACCAGCUGCCAAACGGGAUGGAGCGCUUGUACGACUGGGUGCGCACCAAGCACUGCAAUGCGGAUCUGCCACGUCAGGGUUUAGUCACGGGAAGCAAGCAGGCAGGUCCCAGAUUGAGUCAGGACGAGACAUAUGCGAUCAGAGCGGCAACGUUGAACUUGGGCGCGGCGAUUGUACAGAGGGCAAAGCAACUGGCCGAACAAUGCGAUGCAAAUAGGUGGCUGCAGACGUUGAACGAGGUGGAUUUGGACGCUUAUUUGUGGAGUGUCGCCAAGGACGAUGAGGCAUUAAGGAGCGUGCCGCGCUUGGUGUAUGCUUGUAUUCAUUUUUGA